AUGUCUCCCUUGGCUACUAUCUCAUCCAUUCUAACUUCCAUUCUCCUGACCACAAAGACUUCUGUGGCCGACGUAACGCCUUUCGUCAACAACGCACAAUACAACGCUGGCAAGUAUGGCGACUAUCCGACACAGACCUUCAAAUCGAAUCCGGCCGUCACCCAGGUGCCGCGGGUCAACUUCAUGAAACCCUUCACCAACUGCGAUGAUGGCUCUUAUCUCUUCCUGACUCCUCGGGGCCAUGCACCAGAUCCGACACUAGUGAUCCUCGACCCGAGUGGAAGUCCAAUCUGGGCAUCAACAAAGACGUACGGAGAGGUCUACAACCUGCAAGUGCAGCAAUACAAAGGCGAAUCUUUCCUGACAUUCUGGGGCGGAGAUGACACCAUUGGCGGUCAUGGCGAAGGAAACUACUACAUGCUUGAUCAGGGAUACAAUCAGAGAUACCGCAUCGGGGCCGCCAACAAACUCGGCGCAGAUCUGCACGCAUUCACAAUCACCAAGGAUGACACUGCACUGAUCACCAUAUAUCAAGCAAUCGCGACCGACCUCUCCAGCGCCUCGCAAUGGCGCACCCGUGGCUGGAUCUGGGAUUCGGUCUUCCAGGAAAUCGAUAUCGAGACUGGCGAACUCCACUUUCAAUGGCGCGCAUCCGAUCAUGUCCCCAUCACCAACUCCUACACCGACAUGAACGCCGCCACUCAGACUGAUCCGUGGGAUGUAUACCACAUCAACAGCGUAGAGAAGGAUGACCUGGGUAACUACCUGAUCUCGAUACGAUUCUUGCGAGCCAUUCUGUACAUUGACGGCCGGACUGGAGAGGUAUUAUGGCAGCUUGGAGGCAAGGACAACUCUUUUGAGGAUCUGUCAGACGGCAAGGCAACUGUCUCACUGGGCCAGCACGAUGCUCAUUGGCACAAUGACCACCGAUACAUCACCUACUUCGACAACCGAGCAGACUGGUACAACCAGAUGGACGACCAAUCUCGCGGAACACGAAUCGAAGUCGACCUCGAAAGGAUGACCGCAAGGCUGGAUCAGACAUUCACGGACCCCAACUACAAGAUUCUGAGCACUUCGCAAGGAAGCUACCAGACCCUUCCGAAUGGCAACGUGGUCCUGGGAUACGGUUUCAACGGCGUAAUUGCAGAAUUCUCGCCCGAGGGAGAGUUGCUCUGCGAUGCGUAUCUUCAGCCGGCAUCGACCUUUACUACGGGCAAUGUCCAGAGUUACCGGAAUUUGCGAUUCAACUGGACCGCUACUCCCAGCUAUCCACCUGAUCUCGUUCUCGAAGGCUCCAGAUUGUACUUCUCCUGGAACGGGGCUACAGAGGUGGACACCUGGCUACUCGUCGGCUCCGACACGGCCGAUGAAACCGACCAGCCCUCCGAACGAGCGAUUCAAGAUGCCAUCGUCGUCGGCAGAACGGGGUUUGAGACCGUCUAUCGCAUCUGCAAGGACGAUGGAUUGGGACAAUAUGUUCGCGCCAUCGCUCUCGACAAGAACGGCGUGGCGCUCGGGGGCACCAAUGUGGUGGACACGGGAGAUCUGGCCACGGGUCGCGGUAAGGAUUAUCCAGACUACGAAGACAGCGAAGAAUACCAUGCGCAAAAGGGCCAGCAUGGUGGGGAUGGGGAUGGGGAUGGGGAUGAUGAUUACCAAUACGAUAUGCACGUCGGCGAAGGCGGGAAUACAUGGGCGGAGGGCGAAGGCGUGGAUGACGAGACGGAAGAUUUGGAAAUCCUCAUCGGAUUCGCGGUCUUCGCCGUGCUCAGUGCGGGUUUGGUGAUUGGGCUUCUGGUGUGUAAGGAGAGGUGGCUGGAGAGGAGGCGAAGAGCUGGAGGUCCCGAAGCGUCCCAGGGCCGGGUGGCGGCUUGGCGGCAUAAGUUUAGCGGUUUCAUCGCUCGGUUGAGGAGGAAUGGGAGGCGAGAUGAUUUUGGGGAGGUCUCUGCGAAGCGAGGGUUGUUGGAAGGGGAUAGUCUGGCGAUGGCGGAGGCUGGAGAUCAUCCUCAUCCUCAUCCUUGA